AUGCUAUCAGUAGUCUUCGCAUUUGAGAAGUUCAGGCCUUACCUGCUUGGGUCUAAGGUGAUUGUCUAUACAGAUCAUGCGGCCAUCAAAUACCUCUUGGCAAAGAAAGAGUCAAAGCCGCGGUUGAUCAGAUGGGUGGCAGAUCACCUAAGUCAAAUUUUGCAAGAAGAUAAUGGUGAAGCCAUUACAGAGGCUUUCCCUGAAGAGCAUCUCUGCCUGAUCAAGUCAAUACCUGAGCGCCAGUGGAUCAACCAAGCGGAAGAAAUUGCUCAAGCCAACCAAGGAAGCAAAGGACAGAACACGAGGAAGGAGCCAUGGUUCGCGGACAUGGCUAAUUACUUGGUAACGGGGGAGUUACCAAGAAGUGAUGAAAUUUCAAGAGCACAGAAGUUAAAGCUUAAAAGCGAUUCCCGAUACUUCUAUUGGGAUGAUCCUUACCUAUGGAAAAUGGGGGCAGAUCAAGUAAUCCGACGCUGUAUACCAGAAUGGGAGCAGGAAGACGUAAUGAUCCACUGUCACACACUAGCUUGUGGGGGUCAUUUUGGGCCAAAGAAAACAGCAAGGAAAAUACUUGAUAGUGGGUUUUAUUGGCCAUCUAUCCAUAGAGAUGCUUAUGAAUUCUGCAAGAAGUGCCCUCGAUGUCAACUUACUGAGGAAUAUCUACUAGAGACGAGAUGCCUCAGAUCCCCAUUAUUGUCUGUGAAAUAUUCAAUGUAUGGGGAAUGA